AUGCAGGCUUCCACGAGCGCCCCUGAGGCUGGCGGAGGACACACGACGCGGAGAGGCCAUGCGACCCAUCUCUCGAUUAGCGACCCUAACCACCAUGUGACGGAAGCUAUUGGACAUAUGUACGAUGAUGACUAUGAUCGCAACGAUCCCCGGCGGCUCAGCUAUAUAACUACCCCCCAAGGCGAGGCGAUCACAACUAUCCCGCGACACGCCGCCGGCUCCGAGUCUUCUUUGUCCCCCUCCACACCUCCACUGCGGUCGCCAACGGAACGACAACCGAAGCAGAGCAAUGGACAUUUACGGCCGCCUCUCGUGGGCCAAAGGUCUUUCGACCGCGACAGCGAGCCUGGGUCCCCAGACUCGACGCGAUCGCCUUCCGAAACCGCCACAUCUUCCUUUCCUCUGAACGAUAUCGACUACGAGUCCAACCCCGCCGCGGUCGUCCAGGAGCUAAACAACUUGGCUGCGAUUCGGCGCAUGUCCAUGGACGUUGCGGCGGCAGGUGACCCCGAUCUUCCCUCGUUUGGCAGCAACUUUUCGAUUCCGUCCCUACCUCCCUCCCCCUCGGCCGACGAAAACGACGCGUCACGGUUAUUCUGGGUUCCAGCCAGCUUGCACCCGGAGUUAGCACCGAAGGAGUUCAAAUCAUUCCUCGAGAGUAAAGCCGAUGUGAUUAAAAGGAAAUCGGGCGACUUUGGGUCGUCUUUGUCGCCCGAGCGUCAGGGAUCGGGGAGCGGGCUCCGCCGAAAGCGAUCCAUGCUGUCUAAGCAGAUUGACGAUUCCUCUGGCUAUAAAGAUGGUGCUGAGCGGUUGGAGCGUCAGCGUUCGCUAACGAGUCGACGGGAUGGCAUGUUGAGUCCCAACUUGCAGGAGCUGGAGUCGCUGGUGGACGAUACCAAGCUGGAUAGCAAGGAUCUAUUGGUGCGAGGAAUGCAGAACGCGAGUAUUGCGGCUAGCGAGGACAAGCCGAUUCUACCACCAGCACCCCCGGGUCACAGCCUGCGACGAUCAACUCGGACGCAAUAUAAGAAGGGAAGCUUGAAAAAGGGCGAGAAGCCGCCAUAUUCGAAACGGGUUGGAAGAGCGCUUUCAGAGUCUACGCAUACAGGACCGCCUACGAUCGCUCCCGCCUCCGAGGAACAGCCAAUACUUGGAACGACUCGAGUGGCUACAGAUCCUGCUGGAGCGCGAGCAGUUCGGUCUCCAUCUAACUCGUCCCGUGGUACAGCAUAUACACCAGGCUCCACCACCAGCUCGACAUUUGACUCGAUUCUGGAUAAUCCCGAGGCUGGGCAACAAGAGCAGUUGUCGUCCUACAAUCAAUCUGAUGCAUCUUUCGAUCGAUCAGAUUCCAUCGGAAGCAAUGCAAGCUCUCAAUCACGACAAUGGCAUUCUCGUAUCAGCUCCAACGGCCGCUCAACCCUGGUCACUCCCCCAACCGAACAAAAAGUCCCUUCAAUUAUUGAAACUCCUCCACCCGACAACAACCGUCCAUCACCGAGCUCAAGUCCUCAGCCCGCUCGAUCACCCGACCGAGAUGUGCCCUCUAACUACUCUGGCAAGACCUCUCCGGUACACGACUCAACGCCUAGCAAGCGGUCCCCGAUGGGUCGUCAGUCUGGGAAAGAACCGACGUCUACUCUGGAUGAAUUCGCCAAUCAACCUCAGAUGAUACCGGGUAAUAGUACGCGGACGGACAGCCUCUCUUUCAUUCCAACCAUGCCGGAAGAGCGGAAACCGGAGGAACGCAAGUCUGAAGGCAAGAAGUCGAAGAAGGAUUCCGAAGGUCGCAAGUCCAGCUGGCACUGGCUGCUGGGUAGUGAAGAGAAGGAUAAGAAGAAGGAGAAGGAGAGCGAGGCGAAAAGAAACAAGUCGAAGUAUACGGAGAAAUCUCACAGCAAUGCGCGAAUGGACGUCUUGCAGUCGUCAAUGGAUACCACACCAAAGGGCAGGGAGAGCCUUAUAAUGGACCGCCUCGAUCCGAAAUUGGAGGAGGAACGGCGGAAAGACGGUGCGCGACGAGCUUCUGGCGACUCCAAGAAAGAGAAAGAUGGCAUCUUCUCCUCCAUCUUUGGGGGUGGACGUAAAAAGCACAGUGGAGAAGGCCAUCACCGGAAGAACUCGUCUCGAAAUCUGUCUCCCGACCCUCCCAUGCGGGAACUGCGGGCUGAUGUGGACUAUCCUUGGACUCGAUUUUCCAUUCUGGAAGAGCGAGCUAUCUAUCGCAUGGCCCAUAUCAAGCUUGCCAAUCCGCGCCGGGCUCUAUACUCUCAAGUGUUGCUGAGUAACUUCAUGUACUCGUAUCUGGAAAAAGUGCAGCAGAUGCAAUCCCCGAUGAUGGUGGCUUCCUCCGGAUCGCAGAGGUCGUCUAAAUCUCGGGAUCAGCCAGAUGAGUACCUGCAAUAUCAGCGAUACCAAGAAGCACAAGAGCAACAACAGUACGGGGAUGGCACAUACGAUGAAUCCAUGUACGACUACGACGACGAUCCACACGAUCGCUACCAGGGCCAUGGCAGCGGUAGUCAGCAUGGCUAUGAAAAUGGCCACUCUUACAACUCGGGCCACUACCAGUACGGACACUCGUCUUUUGGUGACGACGUCCAGCUGGAUGACGACGACGACGAUGAUAUGUGGUGA